AAGCGAUGGUCUCGUCUCCAGCUUAGGAAGAGCUUUUGAGCUCUUCCCUCUGUUGUUUUCUCUCUGUUCAGGAACAAAGAGAUUUUUCCGCCUUUAAUUAAAAGGAAUAUUAAUUCCGUGCUCCUUUGUUGAGAGACUUGAAGACACUCUGCAAACAUCCAUCUGCUUGGCACCGCGGCGGGGUGAACUCUACUAUGGUACAGGGCAUGGAGAUACAGGGGAACCAUCCCGAAAUCCCAUGGCAAGCGCAGAGCAGCGGCCAGGGAGGAUGCUGACAGCCAUGGUCCUCGGAUAACGAGGAGACGCGGCCGCCACCAUGCCUGACUCGCCGGCCGACGUGAAGACACAGUCCAGGUCCACGCCGCCCGCCAUGCCCCCGCCGCCGCCCGCCGUCACCCAGGGAGCCACGCGCCACCCCUCCUUCACGCCAAACACCAAUCGAGACGCUGGCCCUCCGACGUUUCUGCCUCGCGGCCGUUUUCAUGGUUGCUUGAAAUGGUCGAUGGUCUGUCUUUUGAUGAACGGGAGCAGCCACUCACCGACCGCCAUCAAUGGGGCUCCGUCCACCCCUAAUGGGUUCAGCAAUGGGCCAGCCACCUCCUCCAGCGCCUCCCUCUCUACCCACCAGCUCCCACCAGCCUGUGGCGCCCGGCAGCUCUCCAAGCUCAAGCGCUUCCUCACCACACUCCAGCAGUUUGGGAAUGACAUCUCCCCUGAGAUUGGGGAGCGGGUGCGCACCCUCGUCCUGGGGCUCGUGAACUCCACCCUCACCAUCGAGGAGUUUCACGCCAAGCUCCAAGAGGCCACCAACUUCCCGCUGCGACCCUUCGUCAUCCCCUUCCUCAAGGCCAACCUGCCGCUGCUGCAGCGGGAGCUGCUGCACUGCGCCCGCAUGGCCAAGCAGACCCCGGCCCAGUACCUGGCCCAGCAUGAGCAGCUGCUGCUGGAUGCCAACGCCUCCUCUCCCAUCGACUCCUCCGAGCUGCUCCUGGAGGUGGGCGAGAGCGGCAAGAGGAGGACGCCAGACAGGACCAAAGAGAACGGUUUGGACCGAGACCCCCUGCACCCCGAGCACCUCAGUAAGCGGCCGUGCACCAUGAGCCCGGCACAGCGCUACAGCCCCAGCAACGGGCUGAGCCACCCCCCAAACGGGCUGGGGCACCCCCCUUCCGGCCCCCCGCUGCCUCAGCACUACCGCCUGGAGGACAUGGCCAUGGCACAUCACUACCGCGACGCCUACCGGCACCCUGACCCCCGGGAGCUCCGCGAGCGCCAGCGGCCCGCCGCCGUGCACGGGACACGGCAGGAGGAGGUAAUCGACCACCGGCUCACUGACAGGGAGUGGGCAGAGGAGUGGAAACACCUCAACAACCUGCUGAACUGCAUCAUGGACAUGGUGGAGAAGACGCGGCGGUCACUGACGGUGCUGCGGCGGUGCCAGGAGGCUGAUCGUGAGGAGCUCAACCAUUGGAUCCGGCGCUACAGCGACGCCGAGGACAUGAAGAAAGGCAGCCCCCCCUCUGCACGCCCCCACAACAGCUCCUCCACCCCUGAGGCACCCCAGUUAGACGCUCACCGGGAAUUCGCACCACGGCCCCUCUCCGGGUACAUGCCGGAGGAGAUCUGGAGGAAGGCUGAAGAAGCUGUGAACGAGGUGAAGCGCCAGGCCAUGUCUGAGCUACAGAAGGCCGUGUCGGACGCCGAGCGCAAAGCCCACGAGCUGAUCACGACGGAGCGGGCCAAGAUGGAGCGUGCCCUGGCCGAGGCCAAGCGCCAGGCGUCCGAGGACGCCCUGACCGUCAUCAACCAGCAGGAGGACUCGAGCGAGAGCUGUUGGAACUGCGGGCGCAAGGCGAGUGAGACCUGCAGUGGCUGCAACACCGCCCGGUACUGCGGCUCCUUCUGCCAGCACAAGGAUUGGGAGAAGCACCACCACGUCUGUGGGCAGACUCUGCAGGGGCUGCCGGGCCCCACCACUCCCUCUGCAGGCGUGGGGUUGCCCCCCGGGCCGGGCCAGCCUGAUGGGGUGCCCACCAUGGCCAGCAGCCCCAGCGAGGCGGGGUCAGUGGCCGCUUCCCGCGCUGGCACUCCGGCCACCCCGGCCCCGCUGGACAGCGCAUCCCGCUGAGCCCCCCUGACUGCCCCGCUCCCGCUGCUCUGCAAGAGCCACGGACUGCACUUGGUGCAAUUUCCUCAGCUACCUGACUCGUGUGACCUCCGAAACGACCUCUCUAGCUCUCACAAAUAAUCCUCACGGAUCCUCAAACUGGGCUUUAAGUGGAGUUAAGGCAAAUACCAGUCUCUGUUCUCUCUUCAGUCUUUGUUUUGGCUUUUUUUGGUUGGUUUUCUAUUGAUUGGGGUAUUGUGGUUUGGGAUUUUAGGGUUUUUUGAUUUUUUGGGUUUUUUUUUGGUUUUUUCCCUUUUUUGCUUUCUGGGUGAGGGAUUUGGCUCCAGACUCACCACACAGUGGCCAGGAAAGACCAGCCCGAUCAUAUCCCGCAUUGGCACUGCCGAGCAACUCACUUGGAGGAGGAAAGAACCUUCUUUUUUUUUGUCUCUCUUCCUUUUUCUUUUUUUGCUUUUGCUUUUUUUUUUUUUUUUUUAAAAAAAAAAAAAAAA